GUUUCUCAUCCAUCACAGUCUCACAUUUGACCUCCAUUACUUCACUAUGUCUGCAGAAGACUUCGUCCAGAAAUCUUACGACUACGUUAUUUGCGGAGGCGGGACAGCAGGUCUCGUGCUCGCAGCUCGCCUCAGUGAAGACCCGAAUAUCACUGUUGGCGUUUUGGAAGCUGGAGAAAAUCGAUUGAAUGAUCCCUUGAUUGACGCUCCCGCUCUUUACAUUCAAACAUGGGAGAAGCCGGAGUAUGACUGGUGUUUCAAGACAGUGCCUCAAAAAGGGACUGCGAAUCGUGUUCAUGGAUGGGCUCGAGGGAAGGUCCUUGGAGGAUCAUCGGCCAUCAACUACAACAUGUUCUCGAUGGCCUCUAGACAGGAUCUCGACAAUUGGGCCGAGCUAGGGAACAAGGGAUGGGGUUUCAAUGAUAUGGCUCCGUACUACCGCAAAUUCGAGACGUAUAAUCCACCAUCUAAGAUUCUGUCCUCCAAGAUUAACGAUAGAUAUGUCGACCCGCUUCUUCGGGGAACGAGCGGUCCGAUUCAGAUUUCAUUCUGCGAGGCCGACUUCCAAUGGGCCCAAGAAGCAUGGCCAGAGACAUGCAUCAAUGCAGGGUAUCCGGCUCCAAAAGAUCCACGUAGUGGUUCCGCUAUCGGGGGGUUUAAUCAACUCACCACUGUUAAUCCUAAGACGAUGCAGAGAAGUUACUCUGCGAGAGAUUACUAUGAACCCAAUGCCGGCCGACGAAAUCUCUCCGUACUGACCGAAGCACUGGUCGCUAAAAUUGAGUUUGAGAAGGGUGGUUCUGGCAACGCCAUAGCAACGGGAGUGAAAUUCUUUGCAAGUGGCGCUGAGCACACAGUUAAGGCAAACAAGGAAGUCAUUGUGUGUGGUGGAGUCAUCUGUUCUCCCCAGAUCCUGGAACUCUCUGGCAUCGGUUCUGCCAGUCGUCUUCAGAAUGUCGGCAUUGAGAUUGUAGUUGACAAUCCCAAUGUUGGCGAGAAUCUUAAUGAACAUUCUGCCACAGGCAUCUCCCUGGCAGUCAAGGACGAAUACCCCACAGCAGAAGUCCUCCUUCGCAAUCCCGAGAUCGCACAGCAAGCCAUGGAGGCAUACAUUACUCACAAAGCUGGCCCAUUUGCGAAUGCUCCAACAACUACCGGAUUCGUGUCCCUGUCACUUGCCGACCCGAACCUCGCGGACCCAGAAAAGCACAUUAACACCCUCAUAUCAGAUUUCCAGAAAGCCAAUCCCGAUGCGGACCCGGCCGGGCGUGCACCACUACUCGGACGUCAAAUUCUUGACCCCAAAGAAGCCAUUGCACAAGUAGUCUUGCUUUCAGUCGGCGCAGAUAUUCGUAACUCGGAUUCUGCUGCAAAGCUCUUCAUGCACGAUGCACCUGGAAAUUGGAUUACAUUAGGGGUGUGCAGCACGCGGUCUCUUUCUCGCGGUAGCGUACACAUUGAAUCACCCGACCCUAAGAAACACCCAGUCAUUGAUCCUGCAUACUACUCGCAUCCUCUUGACCUUGAUCUGGCUGCCCGUGGUAUCCUGCACGCUAUUUCUCUCACUCAGUACGAGCCCCUGCACUCCAAGAUGAAGCGGGAUGAGAAGGGCGGUCUAAUCCUGCCUCCAUGGAUACCAGCGAUUCCCACGACUUUGGAAGAGGCGAAAGAAGUUGCUUCUAGUAAUACAGUGACUGAAUAUCACCCAAUUGGUACCUGUGCAAUGCUACCGAAGGAGAAAGGAGGUGUUGUAGAUAGCGAUUGUAAGGUCUACGGAACGAGUAAUGUUCGGGUUGUGGAUGCUAGUAUCUUCCCUACAAAUGUGCAAGGAAACAUUAUUUCCCUCAUCUAUGCUGUUGCGGAGAAGGCAGCGGAUAUCAUUAAAGGGAAGACGUCAGAUGAGGUGAACGGGCAUUAGGCAGAGAUUCCGCUCCUCCCUACCCACUACCCGGAUCCAGCUAGCGGAGAUAAAUUUAAGGUCUACAAUUCCC